GAGAAUAAUUAUGUGAAAACCAGCCUCGUCUGGCAAGGUUCUUGCACUUACCACAAGGUAAAGUAAUGUCAAAGCUCUCAACUGGUUUGAUUUAUUUUAUAUUUGAUCAGUCCACAAGUCGACAUGAAACUGCUAAUCUUUUAUUUAUAUCUCUUCACGCAUUUUGGUAAAGGUGAAAAUGAGUUUUUUGCAUCGAAACAGGAUUUGCGCGUACUCAAUGCAACAAUAGCAAAAUACGGACCCCCAAAAGAUUACACAAUUUUUAAUUUGCCAGGUCCUGAAAUUUUAGUAGAUGACGACUUGUUGUCACAUUCAGUCAGAUUUAACGUUUCAGCGAAUGAAGAAAACUACACUAUAUGGAUUCGCACUGUGACUGACAAUUUUAGUUACAAUAGUCGUUAUGAACAAACCGAAUUGCAACACAUCGAUUUAGAGAGUUUUCCAGUAGUUAAAGGCCAAUUUGGUGAACACUUUGAACGAAAAAAUGGAAGUUUUUAUAUUCGUACUAUUGGUUAUGUACUGGACCAAAGUGGGUAUCACGAAUUUCUAAUUGAUAUUUCAACGACUGAAACAACCAUAAAGGAAGUCGAACCACCCAUUGAUGGUAACGGGACUUAUGUCAAUCGACGACCUCCAGCAAAAAUACAAAUUUCGUCGACAGUGCUGGGCUCUUUGGUGGGAGGAAACUCACUUGGCUAAAUUGAGUAAUAAAUAAUCCAUUAAAACCAA